AUGGGUGGCGCUCUCGCCGCGUCACGCGUGCUGCGCUGCUUCUUGCUGUCCAAGGACGCGGAGGCGCUUCUCCAAUCCGUCCUGGAGCAUCACGGUGCCGCGGAGGGACCCUCUGUGAAUGUCGCCGCAGACACUCUUCCACCCGAGCAGGGGAAUAAAGGCGAGGCGCCAUCGUUUGGCCCUCCCUCUUGCCUGUUGAGAAAUCCAGACAACGCUGUGACAGAGCUGAGGGCGGGCGAAGAGGCAAGUGUCGCCUCUGCGGUUGGCGGUGACGAACUGAAGGACCCUUCGCAACUUACCAGGCUCUUCUCGACGUCACAGCAUCAUCAACAAUCAGACUGCUCCCGCGGGCACGCAGGGCAGAGCAAGUCGACCAGCGUGCCGGCCGACCAAGUUUACUUUACCUUGGAAACUGUGCGUGCGCACCCGAUGAUCAGUUUUCCAGAGAUCUUGACGCAGUGGGAGCAGUUCCUCGCGUUCGACGGUGAUAAGGACGCGGAUCACGUUUCACAGCACCUGUGCUGCUCUGAGAUGGCGUUGCUCAACCUCAAGCUGGAGGACGGUCUUCUUGCCUCGCUAGCGGCGAUGUGUGGCACUCCGCCGCCCAUCGACAAGGUGCCGAGGCACGUGGCCGACGCCCUUCGGUCUGAUUUUUGUUCGGGCAACUACCGGAAAGUGCCGGGCGCCCUUCACGUUUGUCGCGCGCCCCUAUCGCAUCGCGCACCCAAGUCGCCGGCCUGCUACACGCUUCUGCACUUUUCUGCCGAGUUGGGCGACGUAGCGUAUGUGCAGGCCCUUUUGGCCCACUAUCCCUCUGGUUUUCCACUCCGGUGGCUCUCCUCUCCGAUGCACGCUGGCCAAGGCUACCCGACACCUGCGAUGCUUGCCGUAGAAGAACCGGCCAGGGGUGUAGGCUUCCAACCCUUCUCAGCGCUAUCUCCGCCACCGUCGGUAAUGCCAUCGGAGUCGGAAGCCGAGGUGUACGCUCGUGCAAAUACGGAGCUAUAUCCGUGCAAGUGGGUUUCGGAGCACUGUCCGGACCACACGGGGAUGUAUCUCUGUCACCUGGCUGCCGCGCGCGGAAAUGUGCAGUACCUGAAUUACCUUGUCGGCCUUCUGGGCGCGGCGACGGUGCUGAAGAAGCAGCGCUGCGCGCCGCCAGUGUCGCCGCUGAACACCUGGGCCUCUCUUCGCUAUCUGCCUCGCUUGACCGCAGCGCAGUGUGCCUUGGCGUUUCAUCAAACAGCGGCGCUGGAGUGGAUCGAGGCGGCACACCCGUUUGCGCUGGAGGAGAUGGAUCGCAGGACGCUGGUCCACGCCUUAAUGGCGGCAGCGAUACACAAGGACGACCUCACUGGAGCUUUUUCAUUUCUCCGGACGCGCUCGAUGGAGCCGCUGGGCAUACUCGACUUUGUGCCCGCCUCCGUUGGUGCAUCUCGGGCUGAGAUGGGAGCGUCAAAACCGUCUCAGAGCGUGUGGAGCUGCGAGCUCGAUGAGGCUGGGAUACUUCGCAUGGUAUUUGCAGCUGCAGAGGCUGGAAAUGUUGGUGUGCUUCGUUGGUUUGAUGAUGCAUUGGGCGAUACGGAUGUGCGGUGGCUGUGCGACCGGCAUGGCACGACAGUACUGCAUCACUGCGCGAGAGGCUUACACGCAGCGGCAAUGGCGGCGCUGCUUUCGAUCACGGUCGCCACCUCGUGCACAGACUCGCUGCAAAAGCAAGGCAGCGCUCCACGGUCCCCGCCUCUUUGGACUCCUCUCGAUCCCACAUGGAUAGACGUAGAGGACAGCGACGGUCGCACUCCAGCUGUGUGGUGCGUCUUGAGCCGAUCCAAGAAAGGACGGGGGGUGGAGAUGCUGGAGGUACUGCGCAACGCUGGCUCCGACUGGCCGCGUCGCCGGCACAAUGGUCUCUCACUCUUUGAGAUGGCGGCACAGGAGCAUUCACGCCACACGAAGUUGAUGCAGUACCUGAAGCUCCAUAUCAAAGCACCCCUGCAUCGCCAGCGACACUGA